AUCUGCGCCCGUAAACGUAGAUCCUAACGUAACUUUCCACGUAGUUUACGACUGGAACUCUUCUAAAAAGAGAUUGUAAAGUGCAUUAGCAACGGAUGCUGCGCAUGCCCAAUGCUACUUCCGUGAUCGUCUGCAACAAUCAUUACAAUGGAGAAAAUGGAGAAAGAGCCUAGAAAACCUAACUGGACAGACCUCGAAAUGGAGGUACUGGUUGAGGCCUACGCCUCAUCAGUAAAAGUAAUCCGUGGUAAGCUCUCUCCCGGGCUUACCACGGAUUCCAAGAAAAAAGCCUGGGAGGCGAUUACUAACAAGGUGAAUUCUGUGUCGAUAGGUUGUUCAAGAACAACAGAUGAAACUAAGAAAAGGAUUCAGGAUGUCCAAUCAUCUAUCAAAAAGAAAGAAGCCUUCAGAAAGAGAGAGGCAAUGAAAACUGGAGGAGGGCCUCUCGCUGAGGUACAAAUGAAACCUUGGGAGUUGGUUCUGCUUAGCACAAUUCCAAGUGAGGCAAUACAUGGUAUCGAGGCUGGAUUAUAG